UGUCUGGUCGCUAGGAUCCACAUCUACAGAACCCAGGAGCUCAGGUCUGUCAACAUGAAGCUGAUACUCUCCAUGUUCGUUGCUGCCGUAUUGCUCCCUGAUGUCGAAGGGCGCUCGCUGAUGUUUCCUAUGCAGACCUCCUCCAGCUUUGUGGAGCUGACGCCCGCCAAGCCGCUCAGCCUUGACGCCUUCACGCUCUGCCUGAGGUUCGCCACGGAGCUGCACCUGCCGCGGCAGGUCAUCCUCUUCUCCUACCGCACGCAGCUUGUAGACGAACUCAACCUGUGGCGAGAGGCUGACGGCAGGUUGUCCCUGAUCCUGGGCGAGAAGGCGAAGGUUUCCUUUGUGGUUCCUGAGCUGGGACCCCUGGAGAACCACGUGUGUGUGGCCUGGGAGAGGAAGACAAGCAGGACCACCCUGUACCUCAACGGCCGGAGCACUGUGUCCCAGAGGCUCCAAAUGGGCCACGGGUUGCGGCCGGGGGGCCGGGUGAUCGUGGGCCAGGACGCCGACGCCCUCCUCGGGAACUUCGAAGCCGACCAGAGCUUUGUGGGGGAGAUCUUCGAGGUGAACUUGUGGGACCGCGUCCUGCCUCCAGACGCAAUACAGCAGCUGUCCACUGGGAAAUUUUUCUCCUCUGCCAACGUCAUUGACUGGGCAACAGUGAAACUAACAAGCCAUGGGAACGUUGUGGAGUUCCAGGAGUCCUAGAACCGAACCCAAACCCCAAUCACUAACAAACCCACCCUGCAUUAUGAGGUUGACUACUAAUAAACCCACCCUGCAUGAUGACUUUGAUCACUAAUAAACCCACACUGCAUCAUGACUUUGAUCACUAAUAAACACACCCUGCAUUAUGACGUUGAUUACUAAUAAACCCACCCUGCAUCAUAACUUUGAUCACUAAUAAACCCACACUGCAUCAUGACUUUGAUCACUAAUAAACCCACCUUGCAUUAUGACGUUGAUUACUAAUAAACCAACCCUGGAUCAUAGCGUUGAUCACUAAUAAAUAUCUACCCUGC